CUCUCAGCAGCAGCCUCCUCACUGUCAGCCUCAGUAACAUGGAGAUGGUCGUCCUUGAAAAUGAACCUGAAGUCUUGAUGGAAAACAUCUCCAAUAAAGGCAACAGAGACACAUCUGCAGCACCAGGUCUGAAGCUGUACAGGUGUGUUGCUGUGUCUUUUGGUCUCCUCUGCAUCAUUCAGGUUGCUCUCAACAUUUCCUUGAGACUUUCUCUCGAGAGGGACAAUCUGAGGAAGCUCAACUCUGACUAUGAAGCCGGGACCAAAAACCUGACUGAAGAGAGAGAUGAGCUGAAAGGGAAGCUGAAUGACUACAUUUCAGGUAAUGAAGCCAAGAUUAAAACCCUGACUGGAGAGAGAGAUGAGCUGAAGAGGAGACUGGAUGUCUUAAUUUCAGGUAAUGAAGGCAAGAUUAAAACCCUGACUGGAGAGAGAGAUGAGCUGAAGAGGAGACUGGAUGUCUUAAUUUCAGGUCAUGGAGCUGAGAUUAAAACCCUGACUGGAGAGAGAGGUGAGCUGAGGAGGAGACUGGAUGAGUCUCAAUCCCAGCAGAAUGCCCUGAUAAGAGAGAGAGAUGAGUUGAAGAGGACCUUGAAUGACUUUGAUCAGCUUUUUCAAAAAGGGUGGGAGUAUUUCCAUUCCAGCUUCUAUUACAUUUCUUCCACUGAGAAAACCUGGCAGGAGAGUCGAGAUGACUGUGUGAGCAGAGGGGCCAACCUGAUGAUUAUAGACAGCCAAGAAGAACAGGACUUCACAAGAAGAUUUCCCAAGAGAAUGUGGAUUGGACUGACUGACAGAGCACAGGAAGGGACGUGGCGAUGGGUGGACGGGACUCUGCUUCAGAGAAGCUACUGGUACAGUGGAGAACCCAAUGACGAGUGGGGAGAGGAAGAUUGUGCAGAAAUAAAUUACAAAGAUGUGGAAAACAGCUGGAAUGACAUGCCAUGUGACAGACAAAUCCACUGGAUCUGUGAGAAGAAAAUGGCUCCAUAAGUCAGCAUCCCAGGUUGUUUUUCAGGUCCUCAUCCAAUGAGAUCAAAUCAGAUAUAAUCAAAACAGCUCAUUUUCAAAUCUUUGCAGCCCUUUCAGAUUUACAUGCAUAUACAUUUUGAAGAGUUGAAUUUAGAAAAUUGUUUGGUUUUUUUUGCAACUGCAUGUUACUCAUCUGUAGCAAUCAGCAUCCGAUCCUCGAAGUUCAUUAAGUUGUGAGGUGGUAUCACCAUGUCUUACAGCUGCUGUGCUCAUCACAACCUACAGAUGACCAGCUGAUUUGAAAUACAGGAUAUCGAAUUUCUAUGUCAAGCUAGCAACUCACACUUAUUGAUGUAACCUCAAUAAACCCUGACAUCAAUGUUUCCUUGUGGGAUCGUGUAGGACUUAAGCAUGGUGAAGCUCUUUUACACACUUCACCUCCUCCCAUGUACACUGUGACCCUGAAGGUUGGAUAGAAGCCCGUUAUCGCGAAUCACAUCAGCUGAAUGAGUCACCCUCUGGCCUCAGAAAUAGUUCACUUGCACAAACAAACUCUUGGACUCGAAGCUCACCACACAUACAUAUUCAGUCCCCCGAUCUUUUCCAGCCUCCACCCCCUCCCCCUACUUCUUUACUGUCGAAGGACAUGAGGUGGGCGGUGCAAAACGACAGUUCCCUAUGUGAUAGUUGUCCUGUGACCUGAGAGCAGUGAUAGAAGCUUGACCUCUUUCCCUUUGCUCUUUUCCCUUACUCCUCUGACCCAGUCAAGCCCCCCACCCCCCAAACUCUGUUCUUUCUUUCUUUCAAGUGUGGCGCACCUCAUGGCCUCACAGCUCUAAACUGAAUUUCUACCUUCGGGAUGAAUAAAGUUUCUUGAAUCUUGACUCUUUAAUUGUGCAUUACCUGCUGAAAAAGACCACUGCUGUCAGAUUCAACUGUUAAAAUGUGAAAUAAUGC